AUAUCUAUAUAUCUAUGUUCUUUUUGUUAUGAGGUUGGAUAGACACAGAAAAAUACAAGAGUGGAGAGAAAAAAACUGAGAAAAAGAUAAGACAUAUAUGGAUACACAAAGAUUACCCAAGAAAGAAGAAGAUGAUUAUCAACCUUCCUCAACAAUCGAGUCCAUGAAUGCUUUCUCUCAAGACCAACACAACUACUCUAUGGAUGAUUUUGACAGCAUCUUGGACCUCAACAUUGACGGUUCCAAAUGCUCUCAACAACUCAUCUGGGAUUUCUUUAAAGAAGAUGGCGAAGAUGAAGAGGAAAAAAGAUUGAGUACUGAUCAAGAAGGCUCAAGUUCUGGGGUUUGGGAUAAUAUGUCAGCGGAGUAUGAAGACAAAGAGUUGGGUCUGAAGCUUAACUUGAACCAUCAAGAAGUUAUUGAUGCUUGGUCUGAUCGCCGCCAGCAACCUCUGUGGACGGAUAACGCAAAUUUAAUGGCUCCGACCAGUGCCGUUUAUAGUGGAGAAGUGCCGGUGAUGGAUGAAGAGAGAAACACGAGAAGAGAAGCGAGUGUGUUGAGAUACAAAGAGAAGAGACAAAGUAGGCUCUUCUCUAAGAAGAUAAGGUAUCAAGUCAGAAAGCUCAACGCCGAUAAACGACCACGUUUCAAGGUCACUCUCUUAUUCCUUUUUUUCCUUCUACUUCUACAUCUUAACCUACUCUCCUUUAUAAUUAUCGUUAUUUACUUUCAUGACAUUUGUUUUGUGCUAAAUAAACCUAAAACUUUCUUAUGAACUUUCUUGCGAUGGAUUUCUUUUCAAUUAUUUGUAUUUUGUAGGGUCGGUUCGUGAAAAGGGAGACUUAAAUGGGAAAAUAAAAUAUCUCAAAUCUUCGAUCUGUCUUUUUUAUUAGUACUAUCAUUAUGAAUAUAUUUAUUUCAUAUCAUUGUCGUCUUUUACAACUGUAUCUAAUUUAAAACGAAAAUAUCUCCUUGACGAAAAGAAAAAGAGAUGCAAAAUAUCUUAUAAAACAAAGGAGUUGAAGAUUACAUGAA